GAAGGAAAUAAUGUCUUUCUGUGAUGGAUAGGGCUGAAUCAAACUACUGCCGCUUCUGCGCGGAGCCGAGGGAUGAAGACAAGCUCUUCGACCUUAAAAUGGAUACAGAAAUAUGCCAAGCCACAGUCUCUAAAUUGACAUUCCUUAACGCAAUGUAUGUUGAUAUAUCCGACAACACACUGCCUAAAACGAUAUGUUUCAUAUGCUACGACUCUCUAAAUCGUGCAUACGAUUUUCUAAACAAAGUAAAACAAGCACAGGACGUGAUUUCAAACCUUUAUCCAGUGAAAAAAAGCGCUAAUUAUGAUCUCGGAGCUGACGAUAAAGUCUCUUUCGAUGAUUUGAUUAACGACGAUGCUGAAUUACAUAUUAAACAAGAAACUUCUGGAAUUAAAAAGCGUAAAUCAUCGACAACAGACUCAAAAGUUUCGGUUAAAGUUGAACCGAAGGAAGAACUUGAGGCCUACGGGCCUACAGAUGAUACUAGCAGUAUGGGGCGCAGUCCGAGCCCUUCAAACUUCGAUGAUAGCCUUAACGUCCAAGAUAUCAUCGACGCUGCCAUGUCCGGAGGCCCCUUUACCUCUAACAUAGCUAUUUAUGCUAAAGAAAUGUCCGAUGUUAGUAAAAAAGAAAUAAAUACUUGGCAGGAAUACCCAUGGCUAUGUGCGCACUGCAACAUAGAGUUUCAGGAUAUAGCAACGCUGCGGAAGCACUCGAAGCUGGUGCAUCGCAAGUGUUCUGCGUUUACGUGUGUGGAUUGCAAGUCGUAUGGACACAAGAGUUUUAAUGCCUUUGUUAAUCAUGUUAUUAAACACCGGAAGAGCCUUCUAAACCAAUGCUACUACUGCGACGCGGCCCCCGCCGAGCUGUCUCCCCACCUCGCCUCACACUUCAAGUCGCACCUCGCCUGCCCCGCCUGCGGCGACUUCCUCAAAACCGAGGAGGCACUGCAAAAACACCUCCUCGACUACAACUCCUCCAAACCCAAGCGGAAACCAAGGAGAAAACGAGGCGUUCCCAUCACCAUAGCCGACCUAACCUGUAAUAUCUGUGAAAAAGUCUAUAAGAACCCUAACAGUCUCCGGGACCAUGUAAAAUUACAUCGAAGCGACAGAAAAAGGGAUUACACAUGUGAUCGCUGUGGCAAAACGUUUUACAGCAAAGGUACGCUAACAUCACAUAUCAUGUCACACGAUCAGAUCCGUCCACAUAUAUGUAGGAUAUGCAAUAAGUCCUUCUUAUUCCCUAAUAUGCUUCGGAGACAUGUUCAAAUGCACUCCGGAGUCAAACCAUAUAGUUGUGAGCAGUGUGGCAGGUGUUUCAGGCUUCAAUAUCAGUUGAAUGCUCAUAAAAUUAUCCACACUGAUGCCAUGCCUCACGUAUGCCAAUACUGCAAUAAAGCGUUUAGGUUUAAACAGAUUUUGAAGAACCACGAACGGCAACACACAGGCGCAAAACCAUACUCCUGCAAGCAAUGCGGUAUGGAAUUCACCAACUGGUCGAAUUAUAACAAGCAUAUGAAACGCAGGCACGGUACGGAUACAUCUAAAAAGAAGAUCACUCCGGAAGGUGUGUUUCCUAUCAACCCUGAGACGGGGCAGAUCCUGCAAGUACAGGAUGCUGGUAUGGAUGAGUGGAAAAACAAGAUUAUGAUACCGGCUAAAAGGGGAAAGAAAAAAGUUAUAAAACAAGAGGACGAUGAAAUCAGGCCUGCACAGUUUGAGAGCACACACGCGUGCGAGAGCGAGAGGGAUGAUAGUAAGUUCUCUGGAGUACAAUUCGUUGGAAAUGCCGAUGUGAAUGACCUUGCCCCGUAACUAUGAAUGCGAGAGUGAGA